AUGGAAAAGCGGAUCUAUAAUCCACUGGCUGCCCUCUCUUCUCUUCAUGCACGCAUGCACACACAUUCAGGAGCUGCUGCUGGAGUCCCUCUUCUAUCUCUCCCUGCCUCCACGCUCUGCCCAAAUCCUUGCCUUGCCUCCCCUUUUGUAUCCCCCUUGCGUGGGCUGUGCAGGGUCGUCUCUCACAACAAUCUGACCGGGCCCGUGCCUACAUCAACGGCUGGUAUGGGCGCUCUCAAGUAUUUGUGCGUGCUCUGCGCUUUCGUGGAAUUUCACUUGCUUCUCUUCACUUGCUUCUCCUGUGCGGGUAGGGACCUAUCGAACAAUGAAAUAACCGGCCAGAUGCCUGCUUCUUUUUCAGGCGCCCCACAUCUUAGAUGGAUAAGCCUCUCCAACAACAAGAUAAGUGGGACCAUCCCUGCCACUCUGAGCGAGCUGGGAUUUCUUGGAACACUGGAGCUGGCAGGGAACCGGCUCUAUGGCUCCAUCCCAGAAGCUCUCUCGACAAUUUCCCUUGCUUUCCUAGACGUAUCACGCAACUACCUCACAGGGCGUGUUUUGUAUCCUGCCAUGCCAGGGUACUCAAAAAACCACUACAGCAGCAACUUCUUCUCUCAGGACCUGCAAGAGUCCGACUGUGUGAUACAGGAGUUCCUGCUCGACGCUAAUUGCUUCUCCAUUCCAGCGGCAGCGGUGGAGGGCUCGUGUGCGGGUGUGGAUCAGAGGCCUCCUGCUGCGUGUGAGGCGUUCUGUGGGAUUGUCAACAGCACCACGCCUGCUUGUGGUGGCCUGGGGGUGUGUUACCCGGAGGGGCCGAACCUUGUUCCCACGUGUCUCUGUAACGAUGGGUUUGUGCAAGAUGGAGGGAUCUACUGCAUUGCUGAGGGUACGUGCCUGCAGUGGAAAGCAGCAGUGUGCCUUCAUUCUGACAGCUCGCUGCAGAACGGGGAGGUGGUGGAGGCGCCGACCGUUCUCACCAAGGGUGCAGAAGCAGCAACAGCAGGGGCAUUCACUGCCGACCCGCUCGUGCUCUUCUCGUAUGAUUCUGUCAAGGAGGGCUGUGGCACACAGCUGCAGUUCCAAGCCAACUUCACCUUCUUCAUGUUGCCUUCCACCGCUGCUGCUGCUGCUGCUGGCCAGGGAGGCAACGGGCUCGCGUUUGUGAUUUCGGCGACGAAUGAGGCGGGGACUGGCGGGGAGGGGGGAGGGGUGGGGUACGCUGGCAUGGACGCUCGGAGCGUGGCGGUGGAGUUUGACACGUUCACAGAUGCAGCGCAUGGGGACAUGCCCGCCCACCACGUGGGACUCAACACCGGCGGCAGCGGCACUUCCGUCAAGGCCGUUCAAUCGCCCUUCCGUCUCAACAACCGAAAGGCUUAUACAGCGUGGAUUGAUUACUUUCCCGGAGCCCCCGGAGCCCUCAAGGUGUACCUGUCUGGGGACGAUGUGAAGCCAGAUGUGCCUCUACUGGAGAGCCCUCUGUCGCUGUGUGACGUGCUGCAGCCAAUGGCUGCUCAAAGAGCGUUCUACUUUGGGUUUGUGGCGUCCUCUGUGGCUCCCUUCCAGCAGCAGCACGCCAUCCUGGUGUCUCUCAUCCGAACAGCCCUGUCUGCAACGACGUUCCGGCCUUUGCGGGCGAGUCCGUUCACGCGGUACGUGAGUGCAUCCUACUCGCUCACGCAGUCGGGGCAGCAGGACGCCUGGCUCCUCCGCGACCCCUCCUCCUGGGAUGUGCCCUGGCUCUCCUGGCCCGUCAAGGACCAGGACGCCUGCAAUGCGUGCUGGGCAUUCGCAGUAGUGGCGAGCGUAGAGGCUGCCUAUGGCAUCGCACAGAAGUUACCCGCGCCGCAGCUGUCAGUGGAGUCGCUCUUUGCAGCCAUGGGGCUCACCACUCAAGAAGGGAAGUGCAGCGCUGGAGGCUCCCCGACAGACGCCUUUGAGAAGCUGCUUGCUCUGCCCAAAGGGGGACUCACUCUAGUCGCCACAAUGCCUGCAAGCACAAGCAAAACGGCUGUUGUGAAGUACUAUCCCGUUCAGGGCUUUGAGCGCACGCGGUUCAAGGGGUACGUGGGUCUCAUGCUGGCAGUGGAACGGCAGCCGGUGCUGGUUCACAUCGAAGCCUCUGCUCCCACGUUCGCCACAUACGACGGGAUGAUCAAGUACCAGGAUCCUGGCUGCUAUACUGGCAGGCUGAACCACGUUGUCCUCGUUAUUGGCUACUCUGUUACAGUCGGUGAAAAAGGAAAACUGCGUAUUCCUCCUCCAUUUUGGAUCAUCCGCAACUCGUGGGGCGAGGGUUGGGGCGACAGGGGUCACAUGCGCAUGGACAUUCAGGGAGGGGAUGGCGUGUGUGGCAUCAAUGUGCUGCCUGGCAUCUACCCAAUCAUCAAGAUUCCCGGCGACCCGUGUGUGCUCAAGGGCUUUGCAUUGGACCGGGAGGACUGGCCGGCCAUGAACCCGUGCGGGCGCUUUGCGUGCCGCCCCAACGCGCGCGCCAACACAUACUCGUGUACCUGCAGCCUGCCCCGCCCCGGCCCCCAGCCCUUUGUGGAGGUCGCCAAUGCUGACGCCUCAAAAACCUGUGCCUACGGUGGCAACCCCUGUGCCGUGGGCACAUGCAUCAACGAUGGCAAGGGCUCCUACUCCUGCAUCUGCCCUCCCAACUACGCCGCCACCACCACCAUUGACAACUUCCCCACCUGCGGCCCAGCCGACGUGACAGCAACGACGGUGGCAGUGGGUGGGGACAACUGGCAGUGUGCGGAUGUGCAUCCAGUCAUGGGGCUCACCCUUGCUGACUUCUCCGCACUCAACAAGGGUGUUGUCUGCACCAAGGUCCUGAAGAAAGGCACGACACUCAAUGUCAAGCCCCCUUCACCCAUCGUUUCCUGCACUGCCUUCUUCUUCACUCUCGAUGGAGAUACUUGCGACUCCAUAGCGGGGCGCGUCUAUCUGCCAACAGACGGCACCUUUGCAACCCUCAACCCUGGCGUUGACUGCUCCAAGAGCCUCUCUCCCGGCCGCUCUCUGUGCCUGGAGCGCAAUCCAGAGCUCGUGAGCACGGCGCCUGUGUGCUUGCAAUACGUGAUGCUGACAGCGCAGGACACGUGCGAGCGGCUGCUCAAAGGGACGGUCGCCACUGUGGAUAGUGCUGCGUGGGCUGCUCUCUACCGCAACAACCCCGGCCUCAUCUGCUCCAACACCAUCCCUGGCUCUGCCUCGGCUGCCGGGAGCAACACUGGCGUGCAGGUGUGUCUCCGAGGUAAGUAUUGGAACUUCCAGCUGGGCUCUUGUGUGAAGGGAAAGCCUUUUGAGGCGCCUCAAAUGCUUCAUUCUUUAUGUGUCUGA